UAUGAGAGACGACCCAUGAAAGUAACAGUGUGCCUUCCGUCCAUUUUCGUUGGGCUUGUGGUGCGAUCGCCAGAUAGACUGAGCCAGUCGUCUACUUAUUGUCCUGGAGAACGGUACUCGUGCCUCGUCCCGCAGGUAUCAAUAGCGUCGCGUCGUCCUUCAGUGUCGUACAGAUACAAGGUCGCGAGUGCAGCAACAAACGCAUUUUGCCGCUGUGGCUCUGUGCAUAUUAAGCGGAUGUAUCUGAUGCGCGAUGUGUACUAGCUGAGAAUCUCCUUACUGAAAAUCUUGACUAAGUCAUUGGGAGACUAGACUAAGCGAUAAACAUGGACUGGGAGGUGCGAGCGGCAUCGCUGAUUCUCUACUUGGGAAUUCUGCUCGCAACAAUACAUGGUGGAAUUGCUGAACGCAGGAUUGUCUGUUAUUACACGAACUGGUCAGUGUAUCGGCCCGGCACGGCGAAAUUCUCCCCUCAAAACAUAAAUCCAUAUCUUUGCACUCACUUAAUCUAUGCAUUCGGAGGUUUCACAAAAGAAAACGCGCUGAAACCGUUCGACAAGUAUCAAGACAUCGAGAAAGGCGGAUACGCGAAGUUUACGGGUUUGAAGACCUAUAAUAAGAAUUUGAAGGCGAUGCUAGCGAUCGGCGGUUGGAAUGAGGGCUCCAGCAGAUUUUCACCGAUGGUAGCCGAUCCUGCGAGACGGCGGGAAUUCGUCAAGAACGCUGUUAAGUUCCUUAGGCAGAAUCAUUUCGACGGCCUUGAUCUCGACUGGGAAUACCCAACGUUUAGAGAUGGUGGAAAACCGCGAGAUAAGGACAAUUACGCUGAUUUGGUGCAGGAACUUCGUAAGGAGUUUGAGAGAGAAUCUUCGAAGACCGGAAGAUCGAGAUUGUUGCUGUCGAUGGCGAUGCCCGCCGGUAUUGAAUAUAUCGACAAAGGUUACGAUGUACCCAGACUAAACGAAUACUUGGACUUCAUUAAUUUACUCUCUUACGACUAUCACUCGGCGUACGAGCCUGCUGUCAAUCAUCAUUCGCCGUUGUACCCCCUGGAGGAGGACAACGAAUACAAUUACGACGCAGAAUUGACUAUUGAUUAUACAAUAACUCAUCUCUUGGAGAAAGGCGCGUCCGCAGAUAAGGUCGUUCUUGGAAUACCAACAUAUGGUCGGUCGUAUACGUUGUUCAAUCAAGAUGCAACCGAACUCGGAUCACCAGCGGAUGGUCCUGGCAUCGAAGGAGAGGCCACUCGAGAGAAAGGUUAUCUUGCCUAUUAUGAGAUUUGCGAGAGUAUAGCAGAUUCUGACGAAUGGGAAGUUGUUCAACCAAAUCCAAAAGCCAUGGGACCGUACGCCUUCAAAGGCAAUCAGUGGGUAGGAUAUGACGACGAAGACAUAGUCAAACUGAAAGCUCGCUAUGUGAAUGAGAAGAAAUUAGGAGGCAUUAUGUUCUGGUCGAUAGACAAUGACGAUUUUCGUGGCAAAUGCCAUAGUCGACCUUAUCCAUUGAUUGAGGCUGCUAAAGAAGCGUUGCUUACGGAUAACAGCAGGAAUACAAUCAACAAGACGAAGCCAGUAGACAGUCAGAAAAAGAUCCGCACUCAAAAUACGCAAAACAGCAUUCGUAAGUCGAGUAUAAGCAAUCGAAGAAGCAGUACUACAUCUGCUCCGAUUGUCAGCAAACGCGUAUCCUCUUCAAGACCAAAAUAUCGUACCAUUUCGCAAGCGAGCAAGGAGGAACAGGAAGAUCGGGAAGUAUCUAGAAGAUCAUAUGAUCCAUCAUCAGAUGAAGACACAGAGGGUAGAAACACCGUAAGAGUCACAGAGAAAAUCGAGCGACCGAAGAGUCAAAACAGAAGUAAGACACAAAGCGGUGCUAUCGAUCGUACCACCCGUAGAAAGCAUUCCAGACGUAAGGGACAAAGCAAGACUGGCGAGAAUGAGGAAUCCAUAAGUAACAAGUUAACGACUCCCGAACCACCAACUACACCCGAUCCAGGAACCGAUUUUAAAUGCGAAGAUGAAGGCUUCUUCCCGCAUCCUCGAGAUUGCAAGAAAUACUUCUGGUGUCUUGAUAGUGGUCCCAGUGGACUUGGUGUAGUUGCGCAUCAAUUCACCUGUCCAUCAGGAUUGGUAUUCAACAAAGGGGCGGAUUCUUGUGAUUACCCGCGUAACGUAAUUUGUCCCAAGACGUCGAAAACAUCGAUCGUCUCGACCACUAGAUCGCCCAUUACGGCCGCGACAAGUCGAACAACUUACUUGCAUAGUACAACAAUUUCGGAAGAGUACGAUUCGGAAGAGGAUGUCGAGAUCGAGGAAAACGAAGAAGUGGAAGAAGAGGAGGAGGAAGAGGAGGAGAAGAUAAAGGAAGAACCGAUGACUACCACGACAACGAGACCGCUCGUGUAUAAAACACUUACCAGAAAUAGACCAAGUACGACUACUACUACGACGAUCACUUCGAAACCAAGUGAACCAGAAAGAGAAAGAGAGAGAGAGAAAGAGAGAGUUGACAGCGAAGACGAGGAAGAUCCAAAGGUUAUCAAAGAACUCAUCGAUCUUAUCAAAAAAGCUGGCGGAAUAGAAGAGUUGGAAAAGCAAUUGCUAUUUCAAGAAAAGAAUUUAGAUACCAAAUCGGGCAGCGAAAGUGUCACACCGGCUACGAUUAGUCGUAGUUUAUAUGAGCGUGUAUUGAAUCGCCAAACGAACAGAAUCGGUAAUCAUCGACCCGUAUUAUCAUCCUCGGAAACCAGUUACGUAAACGGACCAGGAAGAGCACAAUUCGAAGGCUUGGACGAUAUCCCUGAAGUGAAGAGCCUCAGACGAUCACAAAAACCUCAAUACGUCACCAUCGAAAGAUCCAAAUCGAUCACGAAAGAAUCUGCCUCCGAGAAUGAAGAUAUCGAUGAGGACGAGGAAGACAACACUGAUGUAGCUUCCUCUGAGGGAAAAAGCAUCAGUAACCCGUUGGAAGAUAACUUAUCCACGCAACGAGUGACGCCAAGUUACGUAAAUAUUAGACGAACGCGACCUUCCACCACGACGUCGAAAAUCGAGAAUGACGUGGAAGGGAAGGAAAUUGAAAUCGAGGAGGAAAGACUGACUCGCAGACGACGACCGAUCGUUUCUUCAAAAAAAUCAGAGAAGGGGGAAGAUAAAAGCACGAAUCAAUCAGCAGACAAAGACAAUGAUUCAUCAACAACCAAAACUAGAUACUCCAACAUACAAAGAUUCAGAAGUACCACUUUGAAAACUUCGGAAGGUUUAUCUAGCAUAGCACCUUUAUCGGAGAUUAGCGAGACGACUUCACCGACGAGACUGGAAGAGUAUCCAGAAGUAUCCAGGAAAACAAUUAGUACGACCGCUUCGUUGUCUAUGACGCCUGCAACGACUACUUCGACUUCCACCGAGAUUAUCACCACAAUCAGUGUCGAACCGUCAGAAAAUCCAUCUAAUGUUAGUUCUAGAGCGGACUUCGACUCCACCACUGACUCGAUGAAACUGGUGGAAGAUUCGGCAACGGAGAUCUUAUUUACAACGUUGCCGGCAAUUAGCAGUAGUUCAAGCCAAUCGACGACGACGACAACGACGUUAGCAAGCAGAUCGACGAUCGCCGCGGUGUCGCAACCGCGACCAUUCGGUUUCACCAGACGAAGAUCCGGUUCAUUAGAAGCGACGACGACGGCUACGACCCCAUUGAGCAGGUCCAAGGUGAGUAUUACGCCGCGAAAUCCUACGCGUCCGUCCAAUCCGGUUCUGGGGCGAGUUCGAUUAAGGACGAAACCAGUCAACCAAGUUACCGAGGAGGAGUUAGUGGAUCAAGUGGACAUUCCACGUGCGGAGACUUCCACAUCCAGGAGUAAGGACCUUAGUAGAUUACGUGGCAGGGGAUCCAGCAAGUACACUCCACCAACGUCGAGAUCAAAGACGCAAGACGUUUCCGCGAACUCCGUCCCAGGCCUCAGGUAUAGAGAAAGAGGCAGAAUAACAACUUCAACUACUGUUGGUACAAUUAGUAUUGAUGAUAUUAAGAGAAGAUAUCGAAGACCUAGCAGAGUCAAUAACCCAGAAUCUAUUAAAGCCAACGAAUUGGAUGAUAGCCCGAUAGUAAGAAUAACACAAGGUGGUUCUAGAAAAAAUCCGUUGUAUCAAUCGCGAUAUGACGAGGAGAAUAAUAAAAUAACGAACAUCAGGGUCUUUCGAAAGCCGACUGUUAAUCGCGAGUUGUAUGACAGGACGAAGUACACGAGAAAGAGAAACAACAUGGAAGAGUCGUUGCAAAAAGUAAACAAUGACUUGAAUCAAAACAUGGCAUCGAUGACACUGAAAGCUCUCAGAACUUCCGCGGAAACCGACAGGAUUGAGGGAAACGAUUUGUCGAACGUUGAUCAAUCAACCGCAAAAAUUGAUUCCGUCGUUGAGUCCAACACUAUCCAGCCAAUCAACGAUUUGAAACCAAUAACGAAAAUUGAUGUGACAACUGUAUCUAAUAGCAAUAAAGUAGAUGCCAGCAACCAAUCCAAAGAUACUAUCGCCACAACGACCACUCGCAUCGAAACUCAUGAAUUUAAUCCCGACUUGGUGACGAUCGUUUCUACCGAAAGCGCCUUUGAUGUUGCAGAAAAGGCAUCGGGAACGCCAAGAAAACGAAAGAUUUUCCUAAGAAAGAGACCGAUAUUACCGAGUACAGUUGUCAAUUUUAUUGAAACAGAAGAGGAGGAAACAUCUCAAGGGCCUCGUAGACGAAAAGUGAUAAAACGUAAACGUCCGCUUCAAAAUACUUCAACAUCGAUUGAAGUUUCCCUCGAAGAAGAAGAUUCGAGUUUUCUUUUAAAAUCGACUACUCCGAUAAGAAGCGAUAAAGAUGUUGAAAAAUCGACAGUUUCUAUUAAUCAGACAGAGGUUACUCUAAUAAACCAAAAUACUGAAGAAUCGACGAUUGUUACUGAUUUAACCGGACUUACAAGAGAAAUGGAAGAUUCGACUUUAACUAUCACGGAAACCAUUUUGUCCACCGAUUACAACGCUGAUGGUUUCACGAAGGUUACUUUAGAGACUCCCGCGAUUGAAACCACGACGAUAUCAGGCGAAGAAGUUACAGAUAUUCUCAGCACUGCUACUGUAUCAACGAUUAUUAAUACAGAUGCUGACGAGAUUCAGCGGUCAACGAUUGAAAUGGGUACUGAACCUACUACGAUUGAAUCAACUUUGGCGACAGCCACUACUUAUAACGCUGAGAGCAUGUUUUUAGAAGAUAUAUUAAUACCGUCUACUGAAGCUGAGAAUUUAUCCACUAUUCGCGUGCAAAUAACCACCACGUUGUCCACAUCGGAUUCAGAUUCAGCUACUCGUACACAAGCAACUACUACACCAUUUACGACGGAAUCAGAUUCAUUUUCAGCUGCAAGAUCGAGUUCCGAUUCGAGAUACGCACGUAAGAAGUUCAUUCGCAAGAAUCCUGUAUCAUCUUCAGGGAACACCACCAACCAAUUAUAUAUUCCUGCACUGUCAUCAACGGAAAACAGCAGUCUCGAGAUUCCCUCAAAACGCAAAAACAAUUUAUUUAUUGGACGUUCUUCAGUUUCUUCUGUUAAUAUACUUUACGAUGAUCUUAAACAUAAGGAGGAAAAAGAAGGAGAAGAAAAAGAAAAUACAAGUAGAUCACGUGACUUGGUUAGACAAGACAUUAUAGAAGGUACGACCUUGAGAAACAAGUCGAUUUCGACAAAUGGUUUUUCAGAUGACACCGCGAAAUUCUGGAAACAUUAUACCACGACUUCGUUAAGAGGUCAAAUAAACCAUCCUUCAGCUUAUAUUGAAGAUGUUGAAGACCGUAAAGUCGCGAGAACAGAGUUUACAGAAAAUAAUACGUAUCGAUUAACACCGAAUGUUACUCGCGGGCCCGAGAUUCGACCGCGAUACAAGGUUCCAAUAAUAUUGAAGAGGCCAUUCGAUCCCGAAGAAGCUUUAUCGCCGAGGCGAUAUCCUCCGUUAGAUUCUGCACCUGAAGAAUCCGAGGAGACACCAGAAACGAGAGAUGCCAGGCUGAGACAAUCUGGUUUUCGGCAGCCGCGAAUGCGUUAUAAGCUUCUAAAUCGGAACAACGUUAAAAUCGAGGAAAAAACUAUGCAGCCGAGUCUGGAAUCUACGAGCACUUGGCAAUAUUUCAAAACACGUUCGUACCCAAAACGUACGUCGACCAGCACGGAAGCGACGGUCACGGAGACUCUGAUACCGAUGAAAAAAUUUGAUUACGUCGCGGAUGCUUUCCAUCGGAAACAGCAGUCACUGAGAACAACAACGCCGAGAAGCAACGAUUUUUUUGACUCGCAAAACUUAAUUGAUGAAUAUUAUACACAUACCACGACAGUAAAGCCAUCCGUGACUAGAUUGGUGACCUCGGUAACAGAGUCCGGCACCACGGAGCGGCAGAAGAUCCUCAUCAAGACCAAGUAUUCGUCACUGACAUCGACCACGAGGAUACCAGCGGAUCAGUUCCCUCCAACGACUCCGUUGUCAAUUUUGGUGACUGGAGUCAACGAUGAGUUAACGGACUCUACCAACGAAGUUCGUUACGGUGUCGAGCGGUCCACCUUGCCCAUCGAGGGCGAGUUCAAUUAUCGUUACGAUGAUCGAUUCACUACAGAAUCUCACGAGUCUUCGACUAUCGAAAUCGAGUCAGUAUUCAGCAAUCUGAUCGUCGGCAAGGGCUCCGCGAACGCACUGCAUUAUUCUGAUUUUCAGGUUGCCGAUUCGGAAGCUAUUAGACUGCCGACUCUGAAGGAGCUGAUUGGCUAUCCGACGACUUACUACGACGAUCGUACUAUUACGACGUCGUCGUCAUCCGUACUCUUGCACUUGUUGCGUAACGAUGUGGACAACGAUAUUAGUCGGCAGAACGUUGAGAAGUUGUUGAGAGGAACAGACGAGUCGCAAGACGGCGAAAAAGAAAUCGCUCAAUCACCGAGAGAUAUAAUUGAAGAAACAGGCGAUUUGUGGCUGCAGCAAGCCUCGGAAAACACAGCGAGAUCUCGCACUUUAAGAAAGGACGACGUUACAAACUUUGAUGAACGAGUUUCAGUCACGAACACUAUUCAAGAAGAGACUAAACGAAAGACGUCUACCAAUUCGGUCUAUUUGAAACCAACGACAAUGCGCGGCAUUUCUCUCGUUAGUCUGAUUUCCAGCCCGGUAAUGCGUGGGUUUUACAUCACCAGGAACGAAAAUGUAUCAUCAAUAUUGGUGGAUAGUUCUACGCCACUUUAUACAACGACUGAUAUUCCCGUUGAACAGCAGACGGAAACUAUUUUAAUUUCCGACGUUUCUAUGACUGAUGAGACUGUUACUGUCGCUUAUAAUGAUCAGAUUGAAUCGGGACUUAAUAUUCUCGACGACAAUGUAAAUAUCAACGACAAAGGUAUCGAUUUUCGCGAAGAGAAAUAUUUCAUGCCUAAUUCUUCAAUGACUUUCUCGAAUGCUGAGAUUUCAAAUCAUGAAAAAUCUGACUUAAUUACAAUUCUUGUUGAUGGACCAACGUCCAAGAGAGAAAAAUCGUUACGUAAUUUCGAUCCUAUUUCGACGCCACUUUCUAACUCUUACGUCGCAUCUUCAACAAUGCCGACAAGACGAAAAAUCGCUCUCGCUGUAAAUAGAUAUAAUGAAGCCACCACGUCGUUGUGGACGGACAGACGUAUAGUGGCAAGGGAAAGAAAUAGAACCACUGUUUCGCCGAUCAAAGACGCUAUAAGACGAACGGAGAGCGAUUCUAUUUACGUCAUGACGAACACUUUAAGAAACGCUUCUUUAACUACUGAAGCUUCGACUUUGGCUUCAAGAAGUAAACUUCCCACGGCUUCAACAAUAUCGACAACUUCUCUAACGAUGUCCGAUGAUGCCAUAGCAUCUCCUGAAAUUUUAAGCGUUUACAAUAAUCUUGCGAAUUCUUAUGCCAAAACUGAAGACUCGGAAAGCAAUGCAACUGAGACAGUAAUUUUGACAAAUUCAAUAAUCGCAGCGACUCCUUCGAUUUUAAAAACUAUUUCAACAAAUGAUGUUAGAACUGCUGACAUUUCAAUGUUUUCAGAUGAUUCUACAAUCAUGACUGUUCCUGUAGUCACAAACGCGUCUGUUACAUCAUCGAUAGCAGUUUCAAAAGUACCCACAGUUACGGCUGAACUUGCCAUAAUUUAUACACCCACAACUAUAAAUACUGAAGUUGAAACUACUCCAAAUUAUUCCGUAACUGAUAAUCCAAUAAUUGAGAAUGCAAUUCUGACUGAUCCUGCAGCUACGAUUACGUUCGUAACUUCAGCAAAUACUGAAAGUGAAAUUCCUUCUACAAAUGUAAAUAUAGUUCCGCAGACUACUACAGUUGCAACUGAUCAUGUAACUACAGUAACAAAUACCGGCGUCGUAACUAUAUCCAUACCAGUAACUGCUAGUGUGCAGAAAAUUACAAAUGAUUCUGCAAAUACGACAACAAUACAAAUUACAAAUGCUAAUAUUGGCACUACUUCCUCAAUUACAAAUUAUUCCACAGAUGCAACUCCAACAACUAUGAGUACGCACGACGUUGUAAUUGAUUCUACAACCUUGAUUACAGCUGCAAAUGCUACGGCUGAAACAUUUUCCGUGACUAAAAAUUAUUCCACAUUCACUACAGUUAAGAAUACUACAACAAUUCCUGUUACUACUUCACCAUUAACAACAGUCAUUCCUUCAACUGUGAACACGCAACAUACAAUACAUGCAACUGCACCCAUGACAACAAAUAAUCUCGCAGAUAUAAAUACUGUAACAACAAAUAUAAUGACUACGAGUACGCCUCUUAAUGUAAUUACAUCGUCUAUAAAUACAAACAUUCCUUCCACUUCUGCAACUAGCGAGAUCACGCCAAUUACGAUUCGGUCUAAAAAUAGUUCUGUGACUUCGCCCAAAGCUCUCAUUACGAAUACAGACAUAACUUCAACAAAUUCAGUUGUUUCUACAAUUUUAACGACCGAAUCCUCUACAAUACAUCUCGCAAAUUCAAGUAAUCUUAAUAUUAGUAGCAAUUCCGAGAUAUUAGCCGUUACAACAAUUGUAGAGACUACUCAAAUUACUGAAAUUCCCACAACGUUCGAAAUCCCUUCAACAUUUACUUCGACAACGACCGCAUAUCCAAAGCCUCAUUCUAGUACAAAUUUCGAAGCAUUAUCUGUUGUAACCGCUACAUUGUCAAACCAAGGGAAUGAAAAUUCCUCGACUCCAGUAAUCACUCAAACUCCUUUAAACCCCCUUUCGAUCGCAACAUUAAUUACUAACAAAACGACUGUAGCUGUAGAAAAAUCUACAGCUUCUAUGAUGCCCUUUGCGACUACUGGCGAAUUGAUUGCGAUAAACUCCACUAUUCGAACAACUACGGACACUUAUGAAUCAGAUUUUGUACGAACAACAAGUGAGUCUUUAAUGCUGGAACAGAAGACAGAUUUUAAGGAAACUACGUCAAUGAAAACACAAAAUCGAACUGAAGAUCAAACAAUUACAACCAUUAGCAAAUUGAGUUCUGCACAAACAAUGAGAAAUGAGUUUACAGCUCCAGAAAUAAAGAUGUCAGAGGAAACUAUUUCAAAGAUUACAGAAAACCAAAAACAAAAUCAAACGAUUUUGGAAUUCAACACAACCAAUAAUCAAUUCAGUCAAAAAACCGCUAGACGUCGCGUUUUAAAUCGAACGAACAAUUGGCUUGGAAGUCCUUCAACACUACAAAGAACUAAUCAAUAUCCUCGACGUCAGGUUAUGUUGUACCGUAAACGAUCACAAAGACCUGCUGCUCAUAUUUCGUCUUCAAAAGCAAUUGAGAAGAAUCGUAAAAGAAGAAUCAUACAGAAGAGAAUCAGAGUUAAUUCUGGAGUGUUCAAUAAUACUAUUAAAUCCGAUCUCUCUCUUUCUCAGGAUACUGUUGAUGUUCAAAAUAUUACUGAUCAUGCUUAUGAUCAGGUGGAAAAUAUAAGACGAAGGAAAGUUGUACUGAAGGAAAGAGUCAAGGAAGAAACGAAUACGAUUUUACCCACAGAAGAAACGACAGUAUUUCUUCAGACAUCUACCAUUAUUGAGAAUGAAAAUAUCAAAGAAAAACAAGAAGUUAUAUUAAAACAAUCUGAAGAAAGCUUGUCAACAACAACAAAAAUCAGUACCAAUUCUAGUUCUGCUAAUGAGAGUUUUCCAGAUAAUACUCAAAAUAAUCUUUAUGUAGCUAAGGAUCCUUCUAAACUAGAAAAUCCGAAAAAUAAACCUAAAUCCGAGGAAAAGAACCUAAUCGAAGGAGAAAGGGUAGAUUUUGAUUCUAUCAAUACAAAUCUGCAAGAUAAUUUUUCGAAAAGUUCUUACGCAGAUAUGAGUCUUUCUGACAAAAGAAUCGCAAGAAAAAGGAUGAGAGUUGUAUUGAAGAAUGUCAGAUCUAAAAUUAAGAAUUCCACGAUUGAAAAAACAAAUGUGAAUUCUGAUUUUACCAAUAAAAAUUUUCAAAAUAAUUUUUUAAAUAACCAUAACAUAAGUCAGAAUUUUUCCAAUGAAGAAAAAAGAAGAAAAAUGAGAGUUGUAUUGAAGAGAAUUAAAUCUAAAUCUGAAGAAGAGGAGACAAAGACUGAAAAAGCUAGUACAGAAGAUGAUUUUACCAAUGAAAGUCUCCAAGGUACUUUUUCUAAUAAUUUUUACAGUGCUAAGAAUUUUCCCAUUGAAUAUAGGACUAGAAGAAGAAUGAGAGUUGUAUUAAAGAGCGUCAAACCUAAGACUGAAGAAAAGAAUCCAACAGUUGAAGAAAUAACUAUAGAGCCUGACUCUAUCAAUGAAAGUCUUCAAGGUACUUUUUCAAAUAAUUUUCGCAGCGCUAAGAAUUUUCCUAUUGAAUAUAAGACUAGAAGAAUGAGAAUUGUAUUAAAGAGUGUUAAACUUAAGUCCGAUCCGAAAAAAAAUUCAACAGUUGAAGGAAUAACUGCAGAUCCUAAUUUUACUAAUGGAAGUCUUAGAGACACUUUUUCAAAUAAUUUUCGCAAAAACUUUCCUGUCAAACAUGGAACUAAAAGGAGAAUGAGAGUUGCAUUGAAAAGCAUCAAGCCUAGAUCCGAGGAAAAGAAUUUAACGCUUAAAGAAACGAGUGUAGAUUCUGAUUCUAAUUUUUCCGAUAAAGAUUUUCAAGAUAGUUUUUCAAGUAAUCUUCACGAAAAUCUUUUUAAUGGAGAAGACGCACAAAGAGGAAUGGAAGAUGCAUUGAAAAGCGUCAAAUCUACAUCCAAGGAAAGAGAUUCAGUAGCUGAAGAAACAAAUAUCGAUUCUGAUUUUGUUAGGAAAGAUUCUCAAGUACUUAACACGUUCCACUUUUCAAGUAAUGUUUAUAUAGGCGAUAAUCUUCCCGACAAGAAAAAGAUAAUGAAGCAUUCUAAAUCUGAGGAAGAGCAGGCGAUAACCAAACAACCGGAAGACAUGGAGUCGCAGACCACGAGGACGUCUGUUCCGGUCGAGAAGGACACUGAUCGAUUCUCGCUCGAGGUGACGAACGGUAAAUCGAUUAAUCGCAACUCAGAAAGUGGACAUUCUAAUAGACGUAGGAAACCGACGCCGUUCACAACGAUCGCUCCGCUAACCAACACCUUAUCGAAUACAUUGACCGUUCAUCGAAGACGUAGACCGGUUGAGACCACAAUAUCAUCAAGGAUAGAUUUAGUCGACGCAUUCGAAGGCACCGAGUCCUAUGUUAAGCCGGCUGCCGUCUUGCAUGAUCAGAAUGCAGACGUGUCAGAUCAAAGCAUCCGCGCCCAAGAAUUCGCGGUGACGCUAUCGGACCCGCCGUCCUCGACGUCAGACAUUGGUCGAACACCGUUAAGGAAUGUCGAUAGGCGCAAGAUAAGCACCACCGUAGUACCUAGAACAGAUCCUACGACCAGUAGGACAGUUUCAAGGUACGAUAUGAACUUUCAAAACCGCCAGAGAUCUCAGACGAAAGACAGACCUACGUUGAACGCGACUACAAGGCCCAGAAGACCGCCAGUGAUCGACUAUGAUUAUUACGAGGACGAGGCGCCGAUUGUCAUCGGCAAAUCCGUCCUCAACAGUAAACUCUUUCUUACGAGUAAGGGUGCCAUACGUUGCAUGGACCAGGGCAACUUCCCACAUCCGUACUCGUGUAAAAAAUUCAUCUCUUGCGCUCGUAUGGUGAACGGUCAAGUGAUCGGAACCGAGUACACUUGUCCCGACAAGCUGUCCUUCGAUCCUGUCGGCGGUAUCUGCAAUUGGUCCGCCGGUCUCGGUUGCAAGGACUAAUAGAGGCUUUGCUUCAAUCACUCGACAGUUCAAUAGAAAGAAGUUAUUUUAUAGGCUCUAUUAUGCUAU